AUCACCCCAGGCUGCGGGGUCAGAGGAGGGCGGAGUCCCCAGGCGUCCACACUGCCCUAAACCGCGUCGGAGCGCUAGCAGCCGCGGUGCCUCGAAGCCUGCGCAUUUGCGCCGGAGCCUCUUUAAAGCGGCGGCGGGGGCUGCGGUCACGUGAGGCGGAUUCCUGGAAAGUUCCUGGAAAGCGGCCUGGGCGGCGGGCGGGGCGCGGGGCGGGCGGCGAGGGAGGCGCCGGGCUGGCAAGUCGCGCGCGCGCUGCGCUCCGGGCACAGGCGUUUAACUCUUGCCAAGUCUCAGCGCCGCUGUCGCCGCGGCUCGGCCCCGGCCUCGGGCUGCCUCCCCUUGAAGCAUGAACCUCCUCGGCCGCAGCCACCGGCGCUGCGCGGGCCGCGGACGGUGCGCGCCGGGACCCCGGGGGCACAGCCUCAGGAUUCCCAGCGCCCGCGGCAGGCGAUCUGUGGCUAGGCGCGUCUGCAAGCGACAGUGCCAACCGUCUGCCGGGACCUGGCGACCCCGAACCGACAGUGCUCCUCCCCCUCCCCCAUUGCUUCGGACUCCCGGCGGGAACUGGUUUUGGAGCUCCCACUGAGUACCAAGAAGGACGCAAACCUCUCUCGGACCCCAGUUCGGGCGGCCACCUGCCCUUGCCGCGGUGACCGUUCUCCCAUGACCCUGCGGUGCCUCGAACCCUCCGGGAAUGGCGCGGAAAGGACGCGGAGCCAGUGGGAGACCGCGGCACCCGUGGAGGAGCCGUCCCCGGAGGCUGCGCGCCUGGCGAAGGCUCUGCGCGAGCUCAGCCAGACAGGGAGGCAUGGAGGCCCGAGACAAACAGGUGCUGCGUUCCCACCGCCUGCAGCUGGGUGCCGAGGUCUUGGUGGAGGGACUGGUUCUUCAGUACCUGUACCAGGAAGGAAUCCUGACUGAAAGCCACGUUCAAGAAAUCAAAGCCCAGGCCACAGGCCUCCGGAAGACACUGCUGCUGUUGGAUAUCCUCCCUUCGCGGGGUCCCAGAGCCUUUGAUGCAUUCCUGGAGUCCCUGCAGGAGUUUCCCUGGGUGAGAGAAAAGCUGCAGAAGGCCAGGGAAGAAGUCACAGCUGAAGUGCCUGCAGGUGAUGGAAUGACUGGAAUCCCAGAACACAUCCUCAACAGCUCCCCAUCUGACCGGCAGAUUAACCUGCUGGCCCAGAGGCUGGGCCCUGAGUGGGAGUCCGUCGUGCUGUCACUGGGACUGUCCCAGACUGAUGUCUAUCGCUGCAAGGCCAACCAUCCCCACAACAUCCAAUCACAGGUGGUGGAAGCGUUUGUACGCUGGAGGCAGCGCUUAGGGAAGCAAGCCACCUUCCGAAGCUUGCAUGAGGGUCUCCGGACUGCGGAGGUGGACCCAUCCCUGCUCCAGCACAUGUUGGAAUGAUGUUGCCCAGGAAUGGGUCCCCAAGUGAUAUGUGCCCAAUCCUGACACUCAAUGUUGUUAUUUUGUUUUGGUGUAUGUGGUUUUUAUCCUUUUAAAUGAUCCUUAGAUGGAAGGAGAAUACUACAUUUGACGUUACUUGCAAAGCCAGAGUAGUCAAUCCGUCUGUCACAUUGGCUCAAAAUGUGUUGUUUGUAAUGGCUUACAGGUUGCAUUGUUGUAAUUGUGCAGCUCUUAAUUGGGUGGCUGCCUUUUAGUAGGCAGGCAAAUAAAAAAGUAAUAAUA